AGGGGGAGAGUGCCCCCCGCUGAACCCCCCCACCGCUCUCCCUGCAGCACCCCCGGUCUCCCAUCCUCUUAGUGAUCCAUCUGCUCGCUGAUUAAUGGUGAGAUCAGCCUGGCUCCCCGGCCAGGGCCGGGGCGGCGGGCGGCCAAAAGAGAGGAGUUAAGAUAUUCCAGAUGUAAGGGUUGGGGAUUUGCAGAGAAUGGGUUUUGUUUGCAACAUGUUUGAAAUUCACCCCAGUGUCAGGCUGUCCUAGUGCAAAACCGGUUCACAGUCGGCUAGUGAGUGCUUGGUCUGCGUCAGUCGUGCGUGUCUCCCUUUGGGAGGGAGUGUGUGUGUGUGCACGCGCGUGCAGGCUGCGCUUGGGUGUGUUCGCGGGUGCGCCUUUGCAUGUGUGUUUCUACAGCGGGAGUGCGGUUGUGAACGAGUGUGGAUUUGCACGUGUACCACGAGUGGGUUUGUGAAUGAGUGUGUGUUUGUGGGUGUAGCAUGGGCGUGUACAAUGUGAGUGUGUUUGUGCGUGUCCCAUGGGUGUGCUUGAGUGGCUGACAGUGUGCACGUGAGUGUGUGCGUGCUUGUGGAUAAGUGUACAGUGUGCAGGUGAAUGGGUGUGCAUGUGAGUGAGGCUGUAUUUGGGUGUGUACCAUGUAAGGGUGUGUUGGCGAAUGUGUGGCCUUGUUUGUACAAUGAGUGUGCAAACAGGAGUAUAGUUGUGUAACGGUGGGUGUAUUUGUGAGUGUAUUUGUGUAUGUACAAUGUGACCGUGCGUGAAUGAGUGUACCUAUGUAUGUUUGUACAGUGUGUGUGAAUAAGUGUGCAUUUGUGUAUUCUUUUUGGUAUGCUCACAAGUAGGGUGAGUGUGUUUGUGAGUGUCUGUACAAUGAAUACAUUUGCGUGUGCCUGCCAUGGAUGGAGGGGUGUGUGUUUGUCAGUGUCUGGUGUCUGGGUGUGUACACGACAGGUAUGUAUGCUUGUGAACGUAUGUUCUGAUGCGUUGGUAUGUACAGCGUUGGUAUGUUGUUGUUUUGUGAAGUGUGUGUAUGUGCAGGUGUAGAGCAUAGGAAUGAGUGUGUGUGUGUGUAUUUGGAGUGUGUUUGUACGCAGUGUAGAGGUAACAUGGGGGAGAGGUGUUGAGUGUCUGUGUAUAUGGGAAGCUUGUGUAUGGUACGGGCCUACAAGUGUGUGUUUGUGAAUUAGUGUGUGCAUGGGUGUGUUGGCGAGGGUGUGCAUGUUGCAUGUGCGCAGCGGGUGAAUCUGUUAUUGCGUGUGAUGCAGCAGGAGUGAACUGAACCGUGUCCGAUUGUCCACGUUUGGUAUGCUGUAUCCCAUAUGUUUGUGUGACAACACGUUUGUGCCAACAUCUCAGUGUGCGGUUGUGUACAGCAUCAGUGGGUGUGGUGCUUGGUAUGGGUCUGUCAGUACUCUGUGUGUGUGUGUGUGUGUGUGCAUGCGGUGUAGGGGUUGUCUGUGCUGGGUGUGAGUUUAGUGUGUGUGUGUGAAAGAGGAGAUUUGCAGUGUGUUUGUGUUUGUCCAGUGUGGUGUUUAUGGGAGGUUGUGUAUGCAGUGUGUGCAUGUGUCUCUGUCCAGUGUGUGUGGGUGUGAUCACACCCCUCCUUCUAAAGGGGCAUUUUGCUUGGAGAACAUUUUUGUAGGGCCUGUUUCUUUAACGCAGGUCCCAGCUGAAUCACAGGGGUUGACAUGGGAAGGGUCCUGGUGACAUCACAGCCAGUUCAGCCAACGAGUAUCCAGAGCCUGCGAUCCGGCUCCCCACCGUCUCCAAUUAGCUCUGGCUGUAUCUGGGACACGCACGCCAGUUACGUCACGGUGUCGCUGGGCUCCCUCUCCCCCCCCCCCGCUCCGGUCUCGGAGCCUGUACCACUGACACGCACCCGCCUCUCCGGUUUCUAACACGUCUCCAGCCGCUCCGCCAGCCCGUGACCCGUUUGCCUGGAUUCGUUGCAACCUGCGGGUGCCGAUGACGGUGUGGCGGAAGCGGAUCCUGUCCAGGGAGAGGCAGAGCCGAGGAGUCGUGGGGCAGGAAGCCGUAGUCGAUGAGGGCACCUCCCACAGCUCUGUGGCCCCGCCAUGGCUCCGGUGCUGGAGCUCUCGGACGCCGCCCACUCCCGCUGCCUGCUGGUGGAGCUGAAUGAGCAGCGGCUGCGGGGCCAGUUCUGCGACGUCACCAUCAUCGCCGAAGACACCAAGUUCCCGGCCCACAAGAACGUGCUGGCGGCGUCGAGCCCGUACUUCAAGGAGGUGCUGUCGGAGGAGCCGGCCGGCCGCCAGCCGGCCCAGGUGCUGGAGCUGCCCGACAUCCAAGCCGGGGUCUUCUCGGACAUCCUCAACUUCAUCUACCGGUCUCGCCUCUCGGUGCCCAGCCCGGCCGCCGCCCGGCAGAUCGGAGCCGCCGGCCGCCGCCUGGGCAUCUCCUGGCUGGAGAACCUGGACCCCGCCGCUCAAGCCAAGGAGAUGAGUGAGCCCUGGAGCCCCGAGGCGGCCGGGGACACCUCGGCCUCCUCCCCGAGAUCCUGCGGCUCCCCCGUGGACCUGACCUGCCCGUCGCGGCCGGCCGCCAGCCCCGUCUGCCUCCAGGAGCCGGCCCGGCCGCCCAGCCCGCAACGGGAGGCGGAUAACGAAACCGAGACAGCGAAGAUCCUCUACGCCCUGAGCACGGCGCCCGCCGAGCCGGGCGCCCCGGACUGGGAGCGGGAGCGCAGCGCCGCGGAACCGCCCGCCCCCGCCGCCGCCACCGGGGGCGAGCCGGCGCCGUCGUCUUCCUCGCCGGCGGGCGGCGCCUUCCGCUGCGGGCUCUGCAGCCGCUCCUUCGCCACGCCGGCCGCCCUGAGCCUGCACCUGAAACUGCACCGGAGCCGGCGCUCCCUCUCCUGCCGCCACUGCGGCAAGAGCUUCAUCCACGUGAAGCGGCUGCAGACGCACGAGGUGCUCUGCAAGGAGGCGGAAGAGGAGGAGGAGGCAGUGGCGGGCGGCUCGGAGGCGCCGGCCCCAGCGGCUCCCCUUCCGCCCGCCGCGCCGGCGCUGCCGAAACCGGCGUCUUCCAAGAAAGGCCUGCUCUUCCGCCACCGGGCCCUGCAGCGGCUGGAGUACAUCCCGGAGCAGGACCACUUCGUCAAGGUGGUGGACGGCCACGUCAUCUACUUCUGCACCGUCUGCGAGCGCUCCUACAUGACCCUCUCCAGCCUGAAGCGCCACUCCAACGUCCACUCCUGGCGGCGCAAGUACCCCUGCCGCUACUGCGACAAAGUCUUCGCCCUGGCCGAGUACCGCACCAAGCACGAGGUGUGGCACACCGGCGAGCGCCGCUACCAGUGCAUCUUCUGCUGGGAGACCUUCGUCACCUACUACAACCUGAAGACCCACCAGAAGGCCUUCCACGGCAUCAACCCGGGGCUCAUCUCCUCCGAGAAGACGCCCAACGGCGGCUACAAGCCGCGGCUGAACGCCCUCAAGCUUUACCGGCUCCUGCCCAUGCGCUCCCAGAAGCGACCCUACAAAACGUACAGCCCGGGGCUGCUGCCGGAGGGGCUGCUGCUGCCGCCGCCCCCGCAGCCCCUCCCCGUGGCGCUGGGUGAGGGGGACCCCGCGGCCGGCCCCGGCGGGGAGGCGGGGCCCGGCUUUGCGGCCGCCAACGCUUCGGAGGCGCCGGAGGCCGAGCGCUUCCUCCGGCCGGCGCCGGCCGAGCCGGGGCCGCCCCCGUUCCCGGCGGAGGAGGCGCGGCGGGCGGACGGCGAGGCCCCGUCGGUCAUCGCCUACGGCCACCCGGCCGCCUCGGUCAUCGUGCACAGCACCUCGGUGGCGCCGGCGGGAGGCGGGGGCGGCCAGGCCUCCUCGGUCAUCACCUACAACAGCACGCCGGCCGCCCCCCGCCCCGCCCCGGCCGAGCCCCUCAAAAAGCAAGUGCUGAAGGAAUACAUCCAAGCCCAGAAGGCGGCCGAGCAGGCCACGGAGGAGGCGGGCGGCGGGGAGCUGCCGAAACCCCGCAGCCUGCGGCCCGGCCGCACCAUGACUUACAUGGCCAAGCCGGCCUACGUGGGCGCCGCCUCGGAGAGCCGCAGCGCCCCGCUGUGCCAGAUCACGGUGCGCAUCGGCGAAGAGGCCAUCGUGAAGCGGCGCAUCUCCGAGACCGACCUGAUGCUGGACAAAAGCCCGCGGGGCCCCAAGCGCUUCGAUUUCGGGCCGGCCGAGAAGGCGGCUCCCGGCAAACGGGCCGGCGGCUCCUACGCCCACAACGAGAGCGGCGAGGAGGAGAGCGACCGGGACGCCGAAGACCAGCUCUGGCGUCCGUACUACACCUACAAGCCCAAGCGGAAGGCCUGCGGCUCCGGCGGGGCCGGCUCCGGCGUCCCCAAGGUGAAGCGGUCUUCCCGGUGGCGCCGCAAGCUGCGCUCCCUGCGCUGGAUGAAGCGGGGGGAGGAGGAGGAGGAGGAAAGGGAGGAGCCCAGCCCGGCGCCCGCCCGCGCCGCGCCCAGUCCCGGAGGCUCCGACGCCCCGGCGCCCGAGCCGGCGCACAAGGCCGGGCGCGGCACCGCCGAAUGGAAACACGAGUGCGGUGCCUGCGGGAAGCUCUUCUCGGCACUGAAGAAGCUGCGGAAACACGAGCGGGUGCACGGGCGGCCGGGCAAGGACGAUCCGGCGCCGGCUCCGGCGCACCGGGUGGGCCGCAAGCCCUCGGUGAAGUUCACCUGCGCCCACUGCGCCAAGGUCUGCAAGACGGCGGCGGCCCUGAGCCGGCACAUGAAGCGGCACGAGGGGGAAAGCCGGGAGCCCGGCCCGCCCGCCCUGACCACCGUCAUCGCCUAUUCCAAAAAGCCGGAGGAGCCGGAGCCGGCGCUGGCGGCCGUCAAGGAGGAAAUCACGCAGGAGAUGCAGGUCUCGUCGUCCAGCGGGGAGCCGGCGGCGGCGGAGGCCAGCCGGGGCCGCGCCGCCGGCCAGCUGGCCCCGCCGGAGAGCCAGGGGGCAGCGCCGCCCCGGGAGGAAGAGCUGAUGCCGCCGGAGACGGGCGGGCCCCCGGAGGCGGCCGCGCCGGUCGCCGAAGCCGCCACCACCAGCCGGGCCGAGCUGGCCCCGGCGCCGCCCGCCCCCCGGGCCGCCCUCUCCUUGCAAGACCCCGUCAUCUCGCACACCAGCCCGGCCCCGCCCGAGGAGGAGGCGGCGGGCGGCUACCCGGAGCGGUACCCGGUGCAGGAGUACCCGCUGCCCCUGCUGGCGCCGGGGGGCUGCCGGACCCGCAAAGAGGCGGAAGACAAGCCCCCCUUCCUGGCCUACCCCGGCCCCCUCCCGUUCGGCGCCGUGGCCAAGGCCGGCGACGGGGAGGGCAAGAUGAGCUUCUACCCGGAGCCCUACCCGCUCAUGUACGGGCACCAGCUGCUGGCCGCCUACCCCUACAACUUCACCAACUUGGCCGCCCUGCCCGUGGCGCUCAACGUGGUCCUGCCGGACGACAAGGGCCCGCCCCUGCCCUUCCUGCCCAGCGUCUUCGGCUACUCGGUCAACCCCUGCCGGAGCGAGGCCCAGGACGGGGCCGGCGCCGGGGCCGGCAGCGGGGCGGGGGCCGGGGCCGGCCUGCCCCGGGGGGGGGUGCUCCGGGGGGAGCCCCCGGCCCCCGAGCGCCUGAAGAAGGGAAAUUUCCUGUGAGCGGCGAAGGGGGGGGGGCGGGGGGCGCCCGAGCUGGGAUGCUGGAGGCGGGGGGGGGGGGGAGCCGAGGGGCGCUGGAGCCGUGACACCCCCCCAGAAGUGUGACAUCAGGACCUGGGCUGGGAGCUGUCACUCCAGACGGAGCAGCCCCCCCCUCCAAUUUGGUCCCCCCCGUCAGUGACUCCUGGGGACCCCCCCCAUCCCCACGGUCCUCAGGACUCCUCCUCCCCACCCCCCCCGACCCCUAGGGGCGCCAGCGCCCAGGCCGUGCAGCUGGCACAUCUGGGGGGGGGGGGAGGCGGGUGGUUACCCCAAGGGAGGGGCUAUAGAGAGGGACCAAUCUGUGGGAGAGGCCCCCCCCAAAACGAGUGAGAAGGUGGUUUAGGGGUGGGGGAGCCCAGCUGUGAGGGGGGAGGCACUGCAGUUCCCCCCCCCAGAAUGCACUGCAAAUCCCCCCCCCCCCCGGCUCCGACAGGGACCUGCCCCGGGUACCCCC